UGUAACCUACUCGUGAGCCCGAAAGAAGCGAUAUGACGCGUAGUUAAUCAAUACCGUAAAAUGUACAUAGUGUUUUACAAUAGUGAAUUUAUUUAAAAAAUAUAAACAGUUUAGUUUUAAAUUAAUAAUUUUAUUUUAAUUUUUAAGUUAUAUUGUGAUAUAUGUUUUAUUUUUCAUAGUUAAUAACAAAAUUUUACUUUUGUUGAAUAUUUUAAUAAUUAAAGAAUUUAAUCUUGUAUAAAAAACUAUUCGAUAAAAGCCGAUAAAUUUCGGUAUGUUUAAAGUUUAAAAAAUUAUUUUAAAAUAAUAAAUAUUUUUGACAUUUAUGAUGAUUAAUCAAAAGUGAGUGAUAGUCGACAUGCCAAUGUGGCAAUCUGAUGUGAUAAUGAUUGAAUUUUUAAGCUCAUUAAGAAGAAAUAUGGCUGAGUUAAGAUCUCUGGACACUACUGAUUGUCCAGAGUGUUCAGGGCCUCCGCCGAUGUUUCGAUUACCGCCCCCACCUCGGCCACCCUUUCUCAAAGAGGGAACAUUUUGUUCAGAAGCACCAUUGUCCGAACUUGAGGAUUGUGGUAAUAUUCCUCUCAUUGAUGUAUCAUACCAUAACAUUCCUUCUCUUCAAAAUACAGCAUUGAUAGUAACAUGUGCCAUUGUUUUACUUCUAACGACAACUACUGUUUUCGUCGUAUUCUGGAAUUACAUGACAUUCAAAUUAUCACUAGAUCGUUAUAAGCCUCACGAUCUUCAGCAUGAACCGUUUCUUUUAAAUGACUUGAAAGAACCCACUCGUUUAAGGUUUUUGGCACGCCCAUGUUUCAACAUUUUUGGACUGUCACGCGUAUGGCAAUGCCUACCGACUUGCUGUCAAUUGUCAGCAGAAGGACCAGCAGCCAGUCUCAUCCAUGCACCACUUAAAGAAACCAGUGAUUCAAGAAGAACGUUCGUCAAUCAACAGCCUCACCCUCAUCAGUAUCGUCAUUAUGCAGUUCAACAUACCGAUACUUCAACAAUACGCACAGGACACUUGCACUCUGACUUAACUGCUAAUCAUGAACGAUUUCAUUAUAAUUGCCGAUCGGUUAAUAACAAUCCUCAUAUUAAUAAUGCAAGAGAAAAUAAUUCACAAAUAAAAUCACCCGGUAUACCAUCAGCUAACAGCGAACACGUAAUGAUGCUUCUAAGCGUUGCAGCACAAUUAACCAAUAAAAAACCACGAUUUCUGUGAAAAAAAAAAAAAUUAUUAUUAAAAAAAUAUCAUACAAGGUAAAGUCACUGGUUUAUCUAAUUUAAUAUAAAUAAAUUAAUUAUAUUAAUAAAUUAAAUUAUACAGACAAAAUAAUUUAUUGAAGAUAUUUUUUAUUCUACGAAUAAAUUUAUAAAUAUUUUUUAAGCAAUUAAAUUUUUAAUCUAAUAAUAUAAUGUGUGACAAGAAUUGAAACAAGACAAUUUCAGACGAGCGUGAUAUUGAUUGUCGGAGCCAAAAGUGAAAGCUGCCAUCACAUAAAGUUUUAAAGUGUGUUUUAUCUGGAUUAAAGCUUAAAUUUCUGGAGUCAGUUUAAAUGAUAAAAGUUAAGAGCAAUAGCGUAUGAAUAAAUUCAACUGUCAACUUGAUUCGUCGCAAUGAUUGUUCUGAGGUAUAAUAAACAAAUGCGAUUCGGACACGGUUAAAAUGAAGUAGAAAAUUAAUUUAUUGGGAAGAAACUAUGCGUUUUAUGUUUUAGGAAAGAAACUAGUGAUUUUUAAUUCGCAAUUUGAAUGCAGUGAUAUAAAAAAAUUAAGUUUUGUUUAAAUAUAAAAAAUAAAAGCCUAAUACAAUGAGUUUCUAAUAGCAGCUAUUUUAAAACUAAAAAUAGCUGAUUCACAAAUUUAAAUAAAAAUCAAUGUCUUUACCUCAUAUUACUCAAUAAUACUGAGCUUGGCUCAUUUUAUACAUAUUGCAAUAUUCAUCGUAAAUUGUCGCAAAAAGUGCUUAUCAUCAAAUGAAAAUGAUCUUUUUUUUCUAUUUGGCAAUCAGUUAUACAUGUAAAUAUACUAUUGCCUAUUUGAAGAUUUUUGUGAUUCACUUUAAGAACUGUUUUCAGAUAAUUUUGUCCCAGCUUUUCUCUGAAAUAAAAGCUCUAAACGCAAAAUAAAGACACAGAACCGAUGCUUUACUCUAUGAACUAGCGAAGUGCACUUGAAUUUUUUGAUAACUUCCAUUUGUUUACGAGAAAAGUUUGGACAAAGUUCCUAUUUAAUGUACAAGUGCAACAGAGAUAGUACCGUUUAUCCAGUUGAGUGCGAAUAGAGAAACAAAUGAAAACGCGUCUUAAGAUGAUAAAAAAAAUCUAAUUGAAUAAAUAAAAUAUAAUUUCUAUUAAUAUUUAAGUAUGAAAAAUAUAAUUUUCAAAUUACAUUUAUGAAAUAAAAAAAAAAAAAUCAAAUGAAAUUACUCAAUAAUUACAGAAAUGUAUUGCUAAA